AUGGCUGUACAGACAGGCCUCGAUUAUAUGCGUUCGCGCACGCUGGUCGACUGUGAUACCAUGGACGACGAAGUCGCCAAAACCCUGGGCCCAUUCCAGGACUGCACUUCUAAUCAGGCUAUUGCACUCGGCGAGCUUUCUAAACCAGAGCGAUCUGAAAUCAUCGUCUCAGCGCGGUCAGAUGCGGCAGUGCUGCAUGCGAAGUACUCCAUGGAUAUGAACGAACUGGCUGUCGAGAUUUCGAUGGUUAAAUUGGCCUUGGAAAUGGCAAAACACAUUGGUGGACGUGUCCACGUACAGGUCAAUCCUUAUUAUUCGUACUCGACGGAGAAGAUUAUCGUCAAUGCAUUCCGAAUCGUGCAAUUGUUCCAGCAUUACCAGCCCGACUUCGACGUGUCUCGAAUUUGUAUCAAGAUUCCGAGUACAUGGGAAGGAAUGAUGGCCUGCCGCACACUUGAAUUAGCUGGUGUGCGUACUCUAGCGACGACUCUGUUCAGCAUGGCUCAAGCUGUACUCGCAGCUGAGGUCGGCUGUACUUAUAUCGCACCGUAUGUGAACGAACUGAAGGUGCAUGUGCAACCAGGUUACGUGGACAAUGCGAAAUUGCUUCCGCUUUGCGCAGCUAUUCAGAAAUACUACAAGUCCAUCAAUUCGCGCACCAAAGUCCUCCCUGCUAGCUUGACUUCUGUCGAGGAGAUCUUCUGCCUUGCUGGGGUGGAUCACAUCACCAUUUCACCUGGUCUGUUGACACAAUUGAAACAACCUUGUGCAGGAAAUAUCAAGUCAUUGUUUGAUAUUGCGCCGACACUUCCUAUCCCGGCACGGGGUGUCUCUUUCAUCAACGAUCGUGGAAGCUACCAGAUCACGUUUGCCCGAGAUCAGGGUGGUGCUAGUCAGAUCAAGCUGACUGAGGCCAUAAAUAUAUUCUGUGAUGCCCAGGAUAAGUUGGAGCAGCUUAUGAGGGGACGUUACCCAUAG